UGUAUGUUCAGAGCGAUAGCCUCCAAGGAGCCCUCAAACAAACACAACCAGAUGUGAAGUGCUACACUUACUUUCUCCUGACAUCCACGACCACAAAAACACUUGAAACCAGAGUACCACUUGUUAAGGUUCAGUAUUAUCAGCUUUCUCUGUGUGGCUUGGUGGAUUUUUGGGGUGCAAAUAACCUUUAAGGAGAAGAGCAAAUACUUGGACUUUAAAAAAAGUGAAUUAAACUUUUUUUGGGACGACAUGGCACUUCGGCAGAACUCAGACAAGGAGCCAAGCAUCGAGUUGUUCAUUAAGGCUGGACAUGAUGGUGAAAACGUGGGGAACUGCCCCUUCUGUCAAAGGCUCUUCAUGGUUUUGUGGCUGAAAGGAGUCAAGUUUACAGUGACCACUGUUGACAUGAGGAAGAAGCCAGCUGAGCUCAAAGACCUGGCCCCCGGGACCAACCCUCCUUUCCUCCUCUACAAUGGCACCCUCAAAACAGAUUUCAUCAAAAUCGAGGAGUUUCUUGAGCAAACACUGGCCCCUCCUAGGUAUCCUCAUCUCAGCCCGCUAAACAAAGAGUCCUUUGACGUGGGUGCUGACAUUUUUGCAAAGUUCUCUGCUUUCAUCAAGAACAGUCCAAAUAACACCUUUCAAGAGAAAAACCUGCUGAGGGAGUUCAAGCGCCUAGAUAUCUACCUGAACUCCCCCCUCCCUGAGGAGAUUGACCAUAACUCCAGAGAAACCGUCACCGUCUCCAAGAGGAAGUUCCUGGACGGCGACCGUCUCACUUUAGCUGACUGCAACCUGCUGCCCAAACUGCAUGUUAUCAGGGUUGCUGCCAAAAAGUACUGCAACUUUGAAAUCCCCGCCCAGUUCACAGGCGUGUGGCGAUACCUUCAAAACGCCUAUGAGAGAGAGGAGUUCAAACAGACGUGUCCAGCCGACAUUGAAAUUGAGAAGGCUUAUCUUAGCGUGGCCAACCAGAGGAAAUGAACCUGUGAUUCUCUGUAAUUUAAGUCCUGUUUUCACCCAUUGUAACCAUGCAUGUAAAGAUGGUGAUCUGUAGAGGGCGCUACAACCUACAAUAAUAAACUGUGGCAAUGAAUCACUAUUCCACAUGAAACACUUUGACCUGUUGUUGCAGUAAGACUAAAGCUAAAAGUUUUAUUGGUUGUAUGUACUGACUAUUUAUCCAUAGUCACUCACAGACCAAUGGUGUGUUUAUGCCACACUUAAAAGGCCAAAUGUGCAAUUGCCUGUUGAUGUAAUUAAGCAGAGUUUUUGUUUAUAGUGUAAAUAUAGAUAUUUUUCCAUGCUUUGAUCAAAACACCCUCAUUAAAAUAUAUACAAUUGUAUAAGUGUGUCAGAAGUCUUCAUGAACAGUUCAUUUUUAUGCAAAACAUGAAAUACACUUCUGUAUCUUAUCCUGUACGAAUACCUUUUAAUAUGAUUAAAUUGUCUCACUGUCACACUAUUAAAAAAUAUCAAAUUCA